AUGAAGACAGAGUUUGCACUUGAAAGCAUUUUUCAUGAUAUAUUCGUUAUCCGAGUCUCAAAAGGUUCUUCUAAUACCACAACAAUGGCAAGAGAUGAGAGGUACGUGAAGAACUGGAAACAAUUUUCGACACUGCAUAAAACUGAUGGUUAUCAAACACGAGAUUAUAUAAAAAAUUCUACUGCAGCACACAACUGUUGUCUUAUAUCCAUGAAGUGUUCUACUAAACUAACAUUUUAUGAACCACAUUAA